UAUUAUACAUCCAUGCUCCCUACAGUUUAACGGUCUUGACGUACGAAUAUUCUAGCCAAUCACAACGCUGUGGGCGGGACUAAAGAUGAAACAGCGGAAGAUUCAAAACGAAGAUGGCGGCUGAAAAGGAUCCUCAAAACAAUCACAAACUGGACAGAAGGGGGACAAAAUGCAGUGUGUUUAUCAGCCACGAAAAGCAAAACUCAAGCCAGCCUGUGAUCUUUAACCCAGACUUCUUUGUGGAGAGGCUGAGAUAUGAGCAUCCACAGGCCUUCACGGACUUGGUACUUAGUAAUAUCACUCGCCUCAUAGACCUUCCAGGGGAUGAGUUUUCUCAGCUCACCGGAGAGUCUGAGCUUAGGGUGCCUUCUGCCAGUGGCUUUCUACGCUCCUUCAACUUCCUGAAACGGAAAGACAAAGGAGUGGUUUUUGGUGCACCGUUAACUGAAGAAGGAAUAGCACAGAUCUAUCAGCUCAUUGAAUACCUGAGUAAAAACCUUCAUGUGGAGGGGUUGUUCCGUGUGCCAGGCCACAGCCUGAGGCAGGCAGCCCUGAGGGAGAUGCUGAAUGCUGGGACAGAGAUUGAGCUUGAGACAGGCGACUUCCACCCCAAUGAUGCGGCCACAUUGCUCAAAGCCUACCUGGGAGAGCUGCCAGAGCCUCUGCUCACGCACAGACACUAUCAUGCUCACCUGAAGAUUGGAGAGCUGACUCGCUUUGAUGAUAAGGGGGAUAAGACGAAUGUUCCUGACAAGGAACGCCAGAUUGAGGCAUUUCAGCUACUUUUCAUGCUGCUGCCACCAGCCAACCGCAGCCUGUUGAAGCUGCUGCUGGACCUGCUGUACCACACCGCUCGCAAUCAGCAUAUCAACAAGAUGUCUGCUAUCAAUCUAGCCACAAUGUUUGCUCCACACAUCAUCUGGCCCAAGAAUGUGAUGGCACGUGAUCUGCAGGGAAACAUCGAGAAACUGAAUAAUGGAAUAGCGUUCCUCAUCAGGCACUCACAAAAACUGUUCAAAAAGGCACCUGCAUAUAUCAAAGAAUAUACUCGCUUAUACUUCAGAGGAUCAAAAACUCUUCAGUCAAAGGAUGACUUGACACUCUGUUCUGGGACUAAAGAUGGGUCUGCAGUAACAGCUGCCUCCCCUUCUCCCUCCAUGAGAACAAUCAGUGGUGAGGUCAGCAGCACCUGCACCAUCAGCUCAUCUGAGACUCAGAGUUAUACUGAAUCUGCCCUCAUAGAGCUGUACCAGCAGGUCAACCACAUGCCUGAGUCUGCCAAAAAGAAGAAACUCAUCAGACAGUUUGAAAAGCAGCCUUUGCUGACACCUUUGGCUGACUCUCGGACACCAUUCAGCAGGAAACAUUGGCGUUCACGCUCUUUAGGUGGAAUUAUCAAGAGGAAGGUGUUGGGAAGCCAAGUAUUAACAGAGAAAGAAAACAGCAGACUGCAGAGUCCUCAACCCAGUGGUUCAAUUGAUGGCGAAGGAAGAGAAAACACUGGCUGUGGAGGAGAUUAAUCGUCUUUAAAAGAAUGCGCUGUUCACAACUAAGGAAACAUCAGUCUGACUGUUACGUCAGGGGUAUUAAAGGAUCUUCUUGAGGCGUAGACACAAACUAAACUGUGUAAUGCACUGGAGCUUUGUUUUGGCACCAUCUUUAGAUCUGCUCAGCUGUUUUUUUUUUUUGUUUUUUUUUCCUCUAAGUAAAGUUAAAGUCUUAAAGGUUUGUAAGAUAGCAAGGAAAUCACCAGAAUUUCUUUGCAGUCUAGUAAGUUUUACUUAAGGAUAUAAAAGAGGAUAAUGGGCAACAACGAGGAUGUUAGGUGCUUUAUUUUAAGUCAAUGCAAUUUACCAGUUUUCUUACCCAGUCUGCAGGAGUUCCAUCUUAAUUUCCUUAUUUCUUGUUCAUUUCCGAUGUUCUGCAGGAUGCGAGUGACAUGUAUUUGUGGGUAUUUAGCUUUAUCAUUGACUGAAACGCAUUUAUUUAAUUGUAUUUAUUUUGUAUUGGUCAUCUGGAUGUUUCAACAAUCCAGUGCAUCAGAUGUAUUGAUAAAAUGUGAUGUGCAGGCUUUUCUAUUUAAAUGUUAAAAUUGUUUGUAAGUUGAAGUAUGUUUAGUUAGACUCACAUGGUCAAUGCAGACUGUUCAAGACUUUUAUUAGCAAAGUGGUGAAUUCAGAGAUGUGCCUUUUUUAAAGUGAAUUUAUCUUAAGUUACUGUAUAAUGCAAUUUUAACGUUAAGGUUUUUCCUUUUUUUUCCUUCAAAUUCCCGAUAGCUUUAAGUGUAUGCUGAAAUUUCUAUACAGAAUUCUUUCAAGUGUCAGUAAAAUAAGGGAAUGAAGACUAAUAGAGAAUGAAGAAAGAGAGAGUGAAGGCCAAAAGACCAGCUUGUGUAGAUUACAUAUAACAUUUUUGUCUUUGUUUCCACUUUAGCUCAAAUCUUGGGUGUCAACACUGUGAUACUUUAAACUACUGCCACUUUAAACUACAUUUUGGUUUUGCAUCUUGUAUUUUAGUUUUUCUCAGGCCAGUUUUGAUUCUUAUGCAACAUUGUAUACAGUUUUAUAGCUUUAUAUGCAUUUGUAUUUUUACAGUUAUUCUGCUAUUUAGUGCAAGAUUGUUUAUUUUAUUGUCAAUUUUUAUCUUUUUUAUUUGAUAAGUUGAAUGAAUACAAGUGAAGAUGAAUCUGUUGUUUGCCUUCUAUUGUGGUUGUUAAUCAGGUGCUUUCUGGGAGAGUUUGAGCCAUUUUUAAAACCUACUUGUUGUCUUACUCUUUCAGUAGAAGUUUCCAGUUCAGUGGUCACUCUGCCAAGCUGUUACAAUUUACUAUAAUAUGAUAACUGCUCCCUAUUACACCUAGUUGACCAUGUUAAACUGAUGAUAUUGAUGCUACUGUGAAACUAUGCAACUCACUGUAAUUAAAAGACAACAAGCUG